AUGAAUUUAUCUGAUAUUUUUAGUACUGGUAAAGAAUCUUUGUUAUCUUUAAAGGAUACUUUUGGAUCUAGUAAUUUUUCUCCACUUACACCAUGUGAAGGAUUUGACUGCUUACCUCAAGUAUUAUUUUUGUACCUUAUAUUUCUUGUAUUAUGUACUGGAAUGUUUAUUCAUAAUAAGAAUCAGCUUAAAAAAAAACAGAGGUUAACAAAUUUCAAUUAUCAAUAUGAUGUAAAUUAUUCAGGAUGCGCAGAACAAUAUGAUGCAGAAGAACAACAGGAAUAUGACCAAGAAGAAUCUGAAAAGGAUGGACAUAAUAUAAAUGCACAUAAUGAAUAUUCUGAACAUAAUCAUUCACAAAAUCAUUCAUAUAAGUCAAAUGUAGAAAAUCAAAAAGUACAUGUUGGACAAGCAUCAAACCAAAAAGGUGCAGUAUUCAAUGCAUAA